CAAAUGACCUAGCAGCCCUCCCUCUCUUCGCUCUUCGGGGGCAAGAGCGGGUGGUGCUGCCAGACCAGCGGCAGCAGCCUCCGCAGCCAGCCGCAGCGGGAGCGGGUAGUGCCACCGCCUCCUCCUCCUCAUUUUUCCUUCAUCUCCUCCCUUCUCUUCCUCGUCCUCCUCCCCCAUCCAUCUCCCAUUCCUCCUUCUUCCUCUCCCAUUCCUCCCCCCCUCCCUAUCUUCCCCUCCCUCUCCCCUCCUCCCUUUCCUCCUCCCUCAUCUCCUCCCUCUUCUUCAUUCUUCCCCUCCCUCUCUUCUUCUCUUCUCUUCUCCCUCCCUCCUCCCCGCGGUGUGUUCAGCCUCUCAGCUCAGCUCGGCUCGGCUCCCCUCCCCUGGUGGCUGGCCCAGGCAGGCAGUAGGCAGUAGGCAGUAGGCAGGCAGUAGGCAGGCAGCAGGCGGCAGGCGGCAGGCAGCGGGCGGGCGUCAGGCAGGGGAGGGAGGGAGUGCGCGAGCCCGGGUGAAAGGUGUCGGCCGGGAAGGAAGGGAAGUUAGGAGUAGCAAGAAGGUCGUUGGCUGCUCGGGGCGCCUCUUCCCUCCCCCCCACCCCAACCCCCCACCCCCUUUUUCUCCAGCAGCAUCAUGGCGGAGCCCGGCGACUCUCCCGUACACGUCCAGCCCCAGCAAGCAGCCCCGGUGGCUACGGCGACAGCCGCGGCCACGGCAGCCCCGGUUCCGGCGGCGGCGGCGGCGGCUGCCGGGGCGGCCUCGGCGGCCCAGGCCGUGGGCUGGCCCAUCUGCAGGGACGCGUAUGAGCUGCAGGAGGUGAUCGGCAGUGGUGCUACUGCUGUGGUCCAGGCUGCACUAUGCAAACCCCGCCAAGAACGAGUUGCAAUAAAACGCAUCAACUUAGAAAAAUGCCAGACGAGCAUGGAUGAGCUACUAAAAGAAAUCCAAGCCAUGAGCCAGUGCAGCCAUCCCAACGUAGUGACCUAUUACACCUCUUUUGUUGUAAAGGAUGAGCUUUGGCUGGUUAUGAAAUUAUUAAGUGGAGGUUCAAUGCUGGAUAUCAUAAAGUAUAUUGUCAAUCGAGGAGAGCACAAGAAUGGAGUCCUGGAAGAAUCAAUAAUAGCUACAAUUCUUAAAGAAGUUUUGGAAGGCUUAGAUUAUCUCCAUAGAAAUGGUCAAAUUCACAGGGAUUUGAAGGCUGGUAAUAUUCUUUUGGGUGAAGACGGUUCAGUGCAAAUAGCAGAUUUUGGUGUUAGCGCUUUUUUGGCAACAGGAGGUGAUGUUACUCGUAAUAAAGUAAGGAAAACAUUUGUGGGCACCCCUUGUUGGAUGGCACCUGAAGUUAUGGAACAGGUGAGAGGCUAUGACUUCAAGGCUGAUAUGUGGAGUUUCGGAAUAACAGCCAUUGAAUUGGCAACAGGAGCUGCACCUUAUCACAAAUAUCCUCCUAUGAAAGUGUUAAUGUUGACGUUGCAAAAUGAUCCUCCUACUUUAGAAACUGGAGUAGAAGACAAAGAAAUGAUGAAAAAAUAUGGCAAGUCCUUUAGAAAAUUACUUUCAUUAUGCCUUCAAAAGGAUCCUUCUAAAAGGCCCACAGCAGCAGAACUUUUAAAAUGCAAAUUCUUCCAGAAAGCCAAGAAUAGAGAAUAUCUGAUUGAAAAGCUGCUCACAAGGACACCAGAUAUAGCACAGAGAGCCAAAAAGGCUGAGCAGAAUCCUGGGAAAACAAGCAUGAUGUCAGGUUCUGAAAAAGAGCAAGAUGGCAACCGAAGGGUUAGAAGGGUUCCUGGAUCCAGUGGUCAUCUUCACAAGACAGAAGACGGAGACUGGGAGUGGAGUGAUGACGAAAUGGAUGAAAAAAGUGAAGAAGGAAAAGCAGCAUUUUCUCAGGAAAAGUCACGAAGAGUAAAAGAAGAAAAUCCAGAGAUUACAGUGAAUGCCAGCAAUAUACCCGAGCAGAUACAGUCACUUUCUAUAAAGGACUCUAAGGGUCAGCCUAAUAUUCAUGAAGGAUUUACAGAAACUUCUUGUGCUGUGAAUCUUGUUUUAAGAUUAAGGAACUCCAGAAAAGAACUUAAUGACAUACGAUUUGAGUUUACUCCAGGAAGAGACACGGCAGAUGGCGUUUCUCAGGAGCUGUUCUCUGCAGGCCUGGUUGAUGGUCAUGAUGUAGUUAUAGUUGCUGCGAAUUUGCAGAAGAUUGUAGAUGACCCCAAAGCAUUAAAAACAUUGACAUUUAAGUUGGCUUCUGGCUGCGAUGGGGCGGAGAUCCCCGAUGAGGUGAAGCUAAUUGGCUUUGCUCAGUUGAGUGUCAGCUGAUGCUUGUGGCUGGAUGUCAUCCUCAGGCCCCCACCCACCCUCAUCCCCAGCAAAAUCAGAAGAUUGUGAAGAGACCUGCUUAGAUGAGAAGGGGGAAAAGAAUGAAACACAACAGAACCCCAACACCACCAUCACCACUACCACCACCCACCACUCACCAAGUUCUGCAUCAUGCUCCAGCAACUCACAUCGGAAUCAGCAAAUCCCACAGCCGCACAAUUGCUGCUAACUUGUCCAAAAGCUAUUCAGUGUUCUGAGCAACCAAUUUGGAUCUCCCCUAACUGAAACCAAUCUGGAAAUGCACUCAGGUGGCCCUAUUUAUUGGUAAUAAAAGGAAUUUUCUAUCAGAAACAUAUUUCUUCUUUCCUUGUAAAAUUUCUGUGAUAAUACUUUAAUUGUACAUCUGACAAUACUGCCUCUUUUAUGUUGUAUUUAGAAAUUAAUAUACUUAUAAAAAUUAAGAUUUAUUAGCCAAACUUGAAUUCUAGUUUUAAAACUGACUGUGAAUUUUAUUUUUCAUAUAUUUAUGCUUUAACACAUCUUACCUAUAAGGAAAACAAUGGUUUGAUUAUGUGCUUACUUGCAGUUAAUCUCCUAUUAUUUAAAGAAACAAAAAAAGUUUCAGGUAUAUCUUUGGAGUAUUUGUAACUUCUAGUUUUUGAAAUGACCGAAUUAGGAAUUAGGAAGCAUAUUAUGUUGGUUUGUCUAUAAACCAAUCUACAAUCUGAUUGUCUCUAGGGAGUGGGAGGUGCCUUGCAGACAUUAAUAUUAAGAAUGUGCCUGAGGCUGCUUUGUUCUAGAAUAGUCUCAGUUCUAGGAGUUUCAUAUGCAUCCAGUCAAAUACAUACAUUUGGCUUAAGUUUUGCUUUCCUGGGGCUUCUAUGAGCUAGAAUACUAUUUGAUGUUGUCAUCAAGCUAGACCGCUAACUAACUGCCCAUCUCUGAUUUGGCUUCUUAAGUAAUAGUACUUGUUUCUACAAAGAUUAAAAACUUGAAAAAGAAAAUAAAAAAAAUACAAACAAGAAUCUGAGCUUUACUUGAAAUUCUGCAAAAUACCAAGAUGGAGAGAAAAUAAUAGAAAGGGCUUUGUGCAAUGACUAACAGGUAAAUUGCUGUUAGGUUUCAAGGAUAAAUGUUUUUUGGCCCAAGGAGCCCUCUGCUUAACCUGUGACAUAUCUAGAUAUAUACUACGGAACUAGUUUAAAAAAAAAAAAUCUUAGGAUUUUCAAAAUUGGAGUAUCCUGUCAAGGAGAUAGACUCCUUGAACUAUACCAUGACUCUUUCCUAGCUAACCCUAGAUAUGGCAGCUCUUUAAAAUGUACUUUAAAACAGCAAAUAUAUAUUACUAAAAAAAGUUAUUUAUAAUUGCCUUGUCAUAAUUGUUAAGGUGUUCUAGAGCCAUUUGCAUACAACUUAAUGUAAUUUCAUUCCAUUCUAUUGUUUACACGAUUACUCAAAGAUGACUGCAAAGGUAAUGGAGAAUAAAAGUGUAUUGCACAAAGAUGGUGUUUGGGGCUUCAUUCUUUUAGAAGUUUUUCUGCACUGUUGCUCUCAUGCCACCUAACAUAGAAUUCGAUGCUUCAGAACUUUCUCCUCCCAACAGUAUACAUUCCCAUUCUUCUCAGACUUUAUUUCUAGGAUAAAGAAUUGCCAUCAGUCUAUGAAAAGAAAACCCAGUGAUGAAUCUCUUUAAAUUUAGCUAUAAUGGCAAUAGUCAUAAUAGCCAACACUUAAUAAAGUGUUUACUAUGUUGCAGGCCUUGUGCUAAGCACUUUUCUGAUUCUUCUUUUAUUUGAUCCUCACAACAUUCCUGGGAGGUAGGUGCUAUGAUCAUUUCUUUUAUAGAUGAGGAAGCUGAAGCAAACUGGGAAUGACUUGCCCAAGUUCAUACAACUAGUAAAGGAGGCUGGAUUUGAACUCUUAUGGUUCUGACUCCGGGCCUUUUGCUCUUUCCACAGUGCCAUCUAAUGUUGUCUUUUACAGUUCAUAUAAUAAGCAGAGUCCAUCAUAAGAUCCACAAUUGAAAACUAGUCCUUAGGACAGCCUAGGUUACUGCCAGAUCACAAUGAGAUAUUAAAAUCAGAUUUUAUCAAAGAGAUUUGGAGCUGGGAUAGACAUCUUAAUAGUUCUCUUUUUCCCUCCCCUUCUCCCUUAAAUGUCUCGAAAGAAUAACAAGCAGUAGGCAUUUCAGGGGGGAGAGAGACAUUUGGCAGAGACCCAUUUUGCAGAUUACCUCCAAUUAGCUGGAAAAGACAAAAAUGUAUACUGCAAUCAGACAGAUGUUCUCUAAAUUAGAAUCAUAGAAUUAUGGAGACUGAAGGAAAAUAGAGAUUGUUCAUAUUACAGACCAGGAACCUUAGGCCCAGAGAAGAAAUAAGACUUGAUCCAUAGCAGUUGGAGUCAGAGAUGUCAUAUUCCAUUCCCAGCUUGGUGACUUUCAAGUCACUUAAAUCUCCUAGGCCCCUCAGUGUCCUCAAUUGUAAAAUAGUUGGUACUCUGUAACAGAUUAGCUCUAAAGUCUCUUCCAAAUAUAAAUCUGUGCUAAUGUAACAUUUAGACAACUGUGUUUGGACACAACCCAUGGCCCCACAUCACACGGGAUUAACCAUAGCCAGCCUGUGCUGAGAGAUGAGGCUAUUUAUUAGUCACAACUCUUAAAUGGGUCUGCACUAACAUGGAGAACUUCCCGUGUGUUUAAUGAAAGCACCACACGUAAAUCUGUGAUGUGCAGAAAUCUGUGUUUAGGAGUUGUACCGGGGAUGCCAAGGAAUUAGAAAAAAGGUUUCUCGGCAGUAGGAAGCGUCAGCUUUUGGAGACAGAGGCUGAAAGGCAAUUGGGGUACCAUGAUCUAUGAGGGCAUUAUGGCUGAUGGGGAAGUACACAAAAGGUGUGAUUGGAAUUAGGUGGGAUUCAUUAGCUCUGGAUUCUUCCUUCACGCUCUCUUUAGCUAGAAUCUGGACAGCAAGGGACAAAUGGGGAGUGGGAGUGGGGUGGAUGGUGAGAAGUAUCAUCUGAGCUUGCUCAACAAAGCAGAUUGCCCAGGUUAUGGAGACAUCAUCAGAGGACUGGCUCUGUAGACUGAGGACACUAUGUGUGUGACCUGGGUGUCUUCCCAGGACUUGAGUUUUCUCAUCAGUAAAACAAUAGGAUGGAACUGGGUAAAUUCUGGCAUAUCUUCCAGGUCUAGAUUUACAAUCCUCCUUGGAAUUUUUAAGAGUUAUAGCCCUUAUCUAAUAGAUAAGACGUUUAGUGUGAUAAGAAGUUUAGUCACUUGUGACUAGUUUAAAGUCACUGUUAAGCAAUGGGGAUAUAAGUAAAAGUAAGCAAGACAGCCCUUACCUUUAAAAAAUGAAUAUCCAGUGGGAGAAGACCACUGAAGAGGAGUUGGAGAGGAGGGUGGGGAUGGAGGGAAAAGUUACACAAUUUGGAAAUAGGAAGUGAAAAGGAAGCCUGGAUUCAGGUAAUUCAAAAUUUAAAAAAAAACCAAAACAAUAUGGAAAGGAAAUCAAUUGUAUUUUAACUUUUGUCUCCAAAAUAACAAAAUAGCAGGUUGAUUCAAAGAGAGCAGAAUGUAAGGACAAGAACCAGUGAUCCACUAGACCAGGGCUUCUUAAACUUGUUCCACCUAUGACUCCUUUUGAUCCAAGAAAUUUUUACGUGAUUCCAGGUAUAAUGAUACAUAAGAUAGGUAUAUAAAUCAAACAUUUACUAAUAAUAAAUCAUAAAUUUAUUUUAAAAUAAUUAUAUAUAUACUAUAUACAUAAUUUUCCAUUUAUUAAAUACAAAGCAAAUUUGCAUACUAAUGGAGGGAUGUGCUUGUUUAUUUUUACAUAAAGAAUUAAAUCUUGAUGGAAUAUUUGAUAUUUUUUACUGUUGCCAAAUUUUUGGUAACCCUUACUUUCAGUUACAUGAUGCAGUUUAAGAAGCUUUGCACUAGGCCAGGGCUCAAAGAGACUCAAAUCCUAGUUUUACCAUUAACUUGCUGCCUGCUCUUGGACAAGUCAACUGUAGGUGUCUGGGUCUCAAAUUUCCUCAUCUGUAAAAUGAGGUAGUUGGAAUCGAUGCUUUCUUUGUUCUACAUGCUAUGUUCUGAGUUUUCUUUGACUCCUGUCUAUAAUUCUUUCCCCAGAUUUGGAGGGAUUGCAUUUAGUGCUUCAUGACUGCCUUUAGACCUUCCCCCGCCUUGUUAAUGUUCACCCCACUCUCCUUCAUCCCUAUCUUCAUAUUCUACCUUUAUCUCAGGAUGCUCUCUAAAAUCAAUUUCAACUAAAAGAUUCUUUGAUUUUAAGUGUGAAGUAGAAGGAAAGAAAAUAAUUACUUAAUCAUUUUCAUUGUUAAUCUCAGGUGGAGACAAUCAUGGGAUCCUUCCUUUCUUCAAUUCAAAAAUUGUAGCCUGUCAUCUACUCGGUUGUAAUGUUUUUAGCAUUAUCAUGUCUGCAUGUAUCUCUGUAAAUAUAUGACAUUUUUGUACUUAUCUGCAUAGCCUGUGUCAGCCUAUUAUGAUUCACCAUUCAACUGUAAGCUCUAUAAGGGCAAGCCUUCCUCCAAUAAAAUUAACCAAAUCACA